AUCCAUUUUUCCUACCCUCUUGCCUCCAAGGCUCCAAACCUUCUCUCUCUGCUCCUAGUUGUGGUUCUUACCUCUGUGAUCAGUCGCUUUUAACAAUAUUAAGUCGUCGGUGAAAAUAAAAGAGGCUCCUUUUCUAGCCCAGUCUCCACAGUGAGUGAGAUAGAGAGAUAGAUAGAUAGAUAGAUAGAGAGAGAGAGAGAGAGAGAGAGGGUGGGAGGCGGAGAGCAGCCGGGAGUGGUGGUCGGAGGAGCGGCGGCGACGGGUGAUGGUCAAGGGGGAUCGGGGUGGGCGAUCGAUGUGGGAGUGGGACUGGUUGGAGGGCGAGAUCAGCAACUUGGUGGUGAAAUUGGGUGCCGGCGGCGGCAGCGGUGGCGGCGCUUGGAUCUUGGGACCGGUCGGCGGGCGGUGGCAUGCCGGCGUAGCGCUGGGUGUGACGGCCAUGGCCGGAAUCGCCUUGGCCGCCACCUUUUUCAUCUCCUCCCGUAGGUAAAAGAGAGAGAGAGAGAGAGAGAAAAGCCCCCAUCCCCCUUCUUCCCCAACUUCCUUCUCCCCCCCUUUUAGGAGUAGAAAAGAACGAAAUUUUUAGAAGACAAAUAGAUGAAAGCCCUCCGAAGAUCUCACACCUCGAAUUCCUCUUCGUCCUCACCAUCUUCGCCGUCGCAUACGUCGUCUUGGAUCCAUUUGAGAUCGCUUCUCAUUGUCGCCUCCUCACCUGUCCCUGAUCGAGGUACCCUUAAAUCACCAUGGUCUAGAAGAAAAAGAAAACGUGCACUUACUAGGCAGCAAUGGUACAAUUUCUUUACACCAGAUGGAAAGCUUCGUGAUGGAGGGGUGAAGUUUCUAAAGAAAGUCCGCAGUGGAGGAGUGGACCCAGGCAUCAGAGCUGAGGUUUGGCCUUUUCUUCUUGGAGUCUAUGACCUAAACAGUUCAAGGGCUGAAAGAAAUGCUGUUAGACAACAGAAAAGGAAAGAAUAUGAGAAGCUAAGGAGACGGUGCGGGCGACUUCUAAAGCUAAGCAGUGAUGGAGACAAGGAAAUAAUUGAAGUCAGUUAUGCUGAGAGCUCCAGUUUCAUUGAGGGUCGUGAAUCUCCUGGAUCUGAAUGUGUGUCUAGUGCCAGGGAGUCCCUCUCUUUUGAUCGAGGAAGCCCAGAUGAUGGCAAUGCAGAGCAACCAUCGCAUGAUGAGACCUCUGCCCCCAGCUCAUGCAAUGUGGAAGAAGAAGACAAGAGUGGGAUCACUCAUGUCGAUGAUGCGUCCGCUGUGGAGACAGAAUCCUCUGAUACUGAAUCCUCCACUGAAGAAGAACCUGAAAGCCAGUCGACAUACUCUGCUGCAGAAGGGAACAUGGAAACCGAUCCCAAGUAUUGCAAGAUUACUUCAACUAAAGGGAGCAAUCCUAAAUCUUGUCGAACCGCUGAGGACUUUGCUACAUGGCAGCGUAUCAUCCGUUUAGAUGCAAUUCGAGCUAAUGCAGAGUGGGCCAUCUACUCUCCAGCCCAAGCUUUAAUCUCUGAGGACAAGGCACUCAAGGCUGCUGUUGAUGUUGGUUUGAAGGACUAUGACCACUUGGAGCAAUGCAGAAUCUACCAUGCUGCACGCUUAGUUGCUAUACUUGAGGCAUAUGCACUCUAUGACCCAGAAAUUGGCUACUGCCAAGGAAUGAGCGACCUCCUAUCUCCCAUACUUGCAGUCAUGGAGGAGGACCACGAGGCAUUUUGGUGCUUUGUCGGUUUCAUGAGGAAAGCCCGGCAUAAUUUUAGGCUCGAUGAAGUUGGCAUAAGGAGACAGCUGAAGACUGUAUCAAAGAUCAUCAAGUCCAAGGACUCGCACCUGUAUCGACACUUGGAGAAGCUUCAAGCAGAGGACUGCUUCUUUGUCUACAGAAUGGUGGUGGUUAUGUUCCGUAGGGAGCUCACUUUCGAGCAAACUGUGUGUUUAUGGGAGGUAAUGUGGGCAGACCAGGCAGCAAUCAGGGCAGGGAUUGGAAAGUCUGCCUGGGGAAGGAUAAGGCUGCGGGCUCCCCCCACUGAUGACUUGCUGCUUUACGCCAUUGCAGCCUGUGUUCUGCAGAGGAGGAAGCUGAUCAUAGAGAUGUACAGCAGCAUGGAUGAAAUCAUCAGGGAGUGCAACAACAUGGCAGGGCAGCUGGAUGUUUGGAAGCUCUUGGAUGAUGCCCAUGAUCUAGUGGUCACCCUACAUGAGAAAAUUGAAUGACCUGGUGUUUGUACCAUCUUUAUGAGUCAUCUCUCCCUUAUUGGCUUCUUCCGUUUUUGUUUGCUUCAGUCAUCAAUACCAGUUGCUGUGAUAAAGCAUAGCACUGAUGGAAGGAAAAAAGGUUCCGAGAACCCCUUAUUGGAUUUACUUUAGAGAGACUAAAAAUGCUAUUUUACUACUUACAAAGAAUCAUUCCAAAUUAUACAAGUGCGGUCAAUUUAAUCUGAAUCUUCCUUCCCUAUGUUUAUUUUCUA